AUGCAGAUUUGGGGGGCUCUGCUUCUGCUGCUGACCACCUGCCUGGCAGUGCGUGCCAACCCCCUACUGACACCACCCGACGACAUCCAAGUGCAGGAGAACUUUGACCUCCCUCGGAUCUACGGAAAAUGGUUCAAUGUGGCCAUUGGCUCCACCUGCCAAUGGCUGAAGAAGUUCAAGAGUAGAAUGUCCAUGAGCACGCUGGUCCUGGGAAAGGGAGCUACAGACCUGGAGAUCAGCACAACCAGCACUCGCUGGCGGAAAGGUUUCUGUGAGGAGAUCUCCGGAGCAUAUGAAAAAACAGGCACUGAUGGGAAGUUCCUCUAUCGCAAUUCCAAAUGGAAUGUGACUAUGGAAUCCUAUGUGGCCCACACCAACUAUGAUGAAUAUGCCAUUUUUCUGACCAAGAAAUUCAGCCGCCAUGGACCCACCAUUACUGCUAAGCUCUAUGGGCGGCAGCCACAGCUGCGGGAGAGCCUCCUGGAGGAGUUCAGGGAAUUUGCCCUGGGGAUGGGCAUCCCAGAGGACUCUAUCUUCACAUUGGCAGACCGAGGUGAGUGUGUCCCUGGAGAACAGGAACCAGAACCUACCCCGGCCCUGAGAGCCCGGCGGGCUGUGCUACCCCAAGAAGAUGAAGGGUCAGGGGCUGGGCAACGAAUCAUCGAUUUCAAGAAAGAAGAUUCCUGCCAGCUGGACCCUGUGGCGGGUCCCUGCCUGGGGAUGAUCAGGAAGUACUUCUAUAAUGGCUCAUCCAUGGCCUGUGAGACCUUUCAAUAUGGUGGCUGCUUGGGCAACGGCAACAACUUUGGUUCAGAGAAGGAGUGUCUGCAGACCUGCAGAACUGUGGCAGCCUGCAAUCUCCCCAUAGUCAGCGGCCCCUGCAGAGGCGCCACCCAGCUCUGGGCAUUUGAUGCUGUCCAGGGGAAGUGCGUCCUCUUCACCUAUGGGGGCUGCCAGGGCAACGGGAACAAGUUCUACUCUGAGAAGGAGUGCAAAGAGUACUGUGGUGCUCCUGGAGAAGAUGAGGAGCUACUGCGAUUCAAACACUGA